AUGGACACCACAUACAGCGUUAAAGGAAGCUGUUGGUCACAUGAUACAGUUACUAAGGUAAAUAUAUCAUCAUCAUGGACACCACAUACAGCGUUAAAGGAAGCUGUUGGUCACAUGAUACAAGACCCAGAUGAAUUGGACAAAAAACAGAUUCUUGCCAGACUUGAGAAAGUUGUACUUAAUGUUGAAGAGCAUCAAAAUCAAGGGGGUAACCUGGUCUCCUCAGAAGAUGUUAUGGUAUUAUUGAGACCAUUUUGUUCAGAUGACAGGGUAGCAGUCCAACCAAGACUGGAUGUCUUACAUAUGGUGGAAAAGAGUUUCCAGUUAAGUGAGGAAGAUUUAGUAUUGUUGACAUUAUACAGAACUGAGGCUGUUGUCAAGACAACAUGGUCUGAUAUACAGCUAAAAGAAAGUGAUAUAAAUACAGACAAGGCAAGGCACCAGCUGUUUUUACAGUUGUUGUCCCAGAGUACUAAUUACAAUCAUUUUAAUGCUAUUUGUGACUUACUACAACUAUGGCCUCAACUUAAAGCUGCAAGUAGCAGUGACCAAGAACAAAAUGUUUGGGUAAACAUAUUUUGUACUAUGAUAAACACCUCAGAUUCUAAGACUGUAUCAUUGGUGGUUACAAAGUACAGAAGUAUUUGUGAUACUGUCAGUCUGGGUAUUAAGUGUGUAAGACAUGUGUAUGACAAGAUGAUAGAGAAAAAAUACACAAUAGAAGGAGUAAAGUUUGUGUUACUGUCCACACAUAAAGACAUGUUGUCGUCUGCAGUCACAGAACUAGCAGCUCUUGAUGAGGCAAAAGAUGAUGAAGAGUUGUUUGAUCUCCUGUUAAAGAGAAGUCUUCUGCCACAAAUUGUUUAUACAGUUUAUUACAAACCUGUGAUUUGUUAUCUGUUAGCCAAUCAGAAUGUGGAGGAACAAUCACAUGACUAUAUGUUGUUGAAAACAGUAGCCAAUCAGCUUAAUGACAAUGGAUUCAAAGCAGAGGCUGGUUCUUUAAUGUUGCAGUCUAGAUCAGCAUAUUCAAUGCUUCAGACUUUUAGUUCUGCGUUGGGAUCCGUAGGGAAGUGGCUCAAACAUUAA